AUGUCGCAGCAACCAGCUACCAUGGCAUCGGCAGAAGCAUCCUCCAACUCGAACAACAGCGGUGAAAAUCCUCUCGCCUCGCUUCCUACUCCCGUUCCAGACCCAAUCACGGGCCGUCUCGACCCCAACGACCCAGCGGUCAAGGCGCUCACCGACGCGGCUCUCAACAUGGACAAGAGCAAGAUCCCCAGGCCGUACAAGUGUCCCCUGUGUGACCGCGCGUUCUACCGUCUCGAGCACCAGACUCGUCACAUUCGAACUCACACCGGCGAAAAGCCUCACGCCUGCACCCACCCCGGAUGUGACAAGCGCUUCUCUCGUAGCGACGAGCUUACUCGCCAUGCGCGCAUCCAUCUUCCUCCUGCCACCGAGAACGGCUCGAAGAAGGCUGCUCGUCACGAAGAGGACGACCAGCACCGCGAGACCGACGAACGUCGAGGACACCUCCCGCACCUGGGACCCUCCUACGGCAUGGACUUUGACCGCCACGACUACGCGAACCCGUACCUUCCCCCGCUGCCGAUGAACAACGGUGGCGGCGGCUCUGGAAUGAACGACAUCUCAGCCCUUGCCGCGGCCGCUUCGGACCAGCUCUACGAGCUUGAGCGUCACGAGGCGUUCCGCCGUGCCGAGUAUGAGCUUCGCCACCGCCAGAUCGCCGCGGGGGCGGGCCGCACCAAGAGCAACGGCGGCAGCCCUGGCGCUUCCGGUGCUUACGGCUUCUCCAACGAGCGGGAUCGCUUCACGCAGGGCGCUCCCUCGACCCCUAACGGUGGUCAGGUCGUCUUCCCAGUGUCUGCCCCGCAGCCUCCCACAGCCAACCACCCUGCUGUCCCCGCAGGCACUCUGGCUGACCCUACGUAUCUGCUCCCCCCCACCUGCUGUCACGAGGACUGCCACAAGAGCUACCGCAAGCGCCUAAAGGUCGCUCGCCAGACUGCUGCUUGCCCCAACUGCCUGACGCCCGCGCACCACGCCGGCGGACACGGUGGACACGGCACGGGUGGCGCCGGACACGGCCCUGCUUCGGGCGGUGGCAACGACCACUCGAGCAACUCGAGCACGCCCAAGGAGCGUUCCAACCUGGGAUCGUCGGAAGACUUGACCAAGCUCAGCGGCAACGGCCCGUCUGGCAACAACUACCACCUGCACCAUGCCAACCUGCAGCAGCAGCUCGCCCGUUUACAGCAGCAGCACACGAUGUCGCUGCAGAAGGGCAGCGGUAGCAGCAGCCGGUCAUCGCACCACUCAAAGCCUCACCACCACAUCAACCCCUAUCCGGUCAACAUGCACAGUCACCGAUCGACUCAUGCUUCUCUUGCGCCCUCUGCUGAUGUUUCUAGAGCCGCCAGUCCCGAAUCGGAUGACUCGUCUGAUGACGAGAUGCACCCGGGACACCGCUCUGUUGAACUUCCCCAUGGCAGCCCUGUGCUUGCCGGCAUGCGGGGCAUGAACUUAUUCGGUGCACGUAAUGCUGCGACCGCGCCCGUGUCGAUGAAUGCGAGCCCGGUGACAUCUCGUGCGCCCAGUCCGAUUGAGGGCCACAGCGCGUCGAGCGGCAAGCAUGGACACGGGUCGCACACUGCGCGUGACGCCAAGAACCGUUCUCACCCGUACGGCCACCCGUCUCACCACCACCACCACCAUCACCACCACUCGCAUCCGCACAGCUCGCACGGAUCGGUCCCCAACUCUCCGCUUGUGAGCGCGACGAAAUCACGCAUGUCGCCUCCCAAGCUGCCCGAGCCCCACAAGUCUGUCGAGGAGAUUCUGAACUCGAGUGCGAUCCCUCCCCCUCCACCUCCGUCUGAUCGCACUCUUCCUCCUCCCCAUACAUCGGCGUCAUUUUCGUCCGUUCCCUCGGUGAGCUAUUCACUGUCGGUUGGAUCGGCGCACGGUAGUCCUGUGGGAUCGCGUGCGUCGUCUCCUGUGCACACGACGUCAUCAUCCUCCCAGCACUCGCAGCUUGCUCACUCAGUCCGCGCUGCGUUUGGCAUGACUCCCAUGUUCCGGGGAUCCGAAACACCGUCGACGGUGACGACCAACCCGUCGCCCAAGAGCGUCAUCGGCCACUCGUCGCCGCCCCCGAAGCUCGCCCCGCUGAGCGGCGGCGCGCACCAGUCGGACGUCAAGCCUUCGCUCCCGAGUUUCUCGCGCGGCCCGAGCCCCGUGCACCUUAUGGAGCUGGACGGACAGGCGUAA